AUGCCCAUCCUUCACACAGUAUUGUUCAAGAUCAAGGAGGAUUCUUCGGACGAGAAAGUAAAGGAGAUGAUGGCUGCCAUUGCCGCCUUCCAGAACCAGCUACCCGAGCUCAUCCAGUCCAUGCACUCUGGUGUCGACAAGUCUGCCCAAACCCAGGGCUUCAGCUACUCAUUCACGAUGAUCUUCAAGAACAAGCAGGAUUUGGACACUUAUAUCGCAUCGGAGGCACAUACCCAGUUCGCGCAAAAGAUCGGACACCUUCUCAUCAAGAACGCCAUCGUUGUCGACUAUGAGAUCCCCAGGCACAAAUUCUAA